CAGCGCGUACCCCGGGAGGUCUCCAGGUGGCUGGCUUCCUCCACCCCCGCCCGCUCUGUCCCAGGGCGGGACCAGGGGGCGGAGCGGGCCGGUGACAGGCCGUGACGCGGGCCCCACCCUUUCUUAUAGAGGCACGCGGGGGGACUCGGGGACCGUGUUUCGUCGUCGCUGCCGCCGCCGCCACCGCGUCCACCUCCUGCCCCGCCACCACAGCUCCCAGCAUCAGCGCCACCGCCACCGCGUCCGCCAGCAGCGCCACCGCCAUGCGCGAGAUCGUGCACCUGCAGGCCGGCCAGUGCGGCAACCAGAUUGGGGCCAAGUUCUGGGAGGUGAUCAGUGAUGAGCAUGGCAUCGACCCCACGGGCACAUAUCAUGGGGACAGCGACCUGCAGCUGGAGAGAAUCAACGUAUACUACAAUGAGGCCACAGGAGGAAAUUACGUGCCCAGAGCCGUGCUGGUGGACCUGGAGCCAGGAACCAUGGACUCCGUCCGCUCCGGCCCCUUCGGCCAGAUCUUUCGGCCUGACAACUUUGUGUUUGGCCAGUCCGGAGCCGGCAACAACUGGGCCAAGGGCCACUACACGGAGGGCGCGGAGCUGGUGGAUGCCGUCCUGGACGUGGUCCGAAAGGAGGCUGAGAGCUGCGACUGCCUGCAGGGCUUCCAGCUGACCCACUCGCUGGGCGGGGGCACGGGAUCCGGGAUGGGCACGCUGCUCAUCAGCAAGAUCCGGGAGGAGUUCCCCGACCGCAUCAUGAACACCUUCAGCGUGGUGCCCUCGCCCAAGGUGUCGGACACGGUGGUGGAGCCCUACAACGCCACGCUGUCCGUGCACCAGCUGGUGGAGAACACGGACGAGACCUACUGCAUCGACAACGAGGCCCUGUACGACAUCUGCUUCCGCACCCUCAAGCUGACCACGCCCACCUACGGGGACCUCAACCACCUGGUGUCCGCCACCAUGAGCGGGGUCACCACCUGCCUGCGCUUCCCCGGCCAGCUGAACGCCGACCUGCGCAAGCUGGCCGUGAACAUGGUGCCCUUCCCCCGCCUGCACUUCUUCAUGCCCGGCUUCGCGCCGCUGACCAGCCGGGGCAGCCAGCAGUACCGCGCCCUGACGGUGCCCGAGCUCACCCAGCAGAUGUUCGACGCCAAGAACAUGAUGGCCGCGUGCGACCCGCGCCACGGCCGCUACCUGACGGUGGCCGCCGUGUUCCGGGGCCGCAUGUCCAUGAAGGAGGUGGACGAGCAGAUGCUGAGCGUGCAGAGCAAGAACAGCAGCUACUUCGUCGAGUGGAUCCCCAACAACGUGAAGACGGCCGUGUGCGACAUCCCGCCGCGGGGCCUGAAGAUGGCAGCCACCUUCAUCGGCAACAGCACGGCCAUCCAGGAGCUGUUCAAGCGCAUCUCGGAGCAGUUCACCGCCAUGUUCCGGCGCAAGGCCUUCCUGCACUGGUACACGGGCGAGGGCAUGGACGAGAUGGAGUUCACCGAGGCCGAGAGCAACAUGAACGACCUGGUGUCCGAGUACCAGCAGUACCAGGACGCCACGGCGGAGGAGGGCGAGUUUGAGGAGGAGGCCGAGGAGGAGGUGGCCUAGACCACCUCAUUCAUUCACCCCUGUCGGCCCCCACCCGCGCUGGGCUGCUCACCUUUGACCCCUUAGAGCUCCUCUUGGGCCCCUGAGAACCCUGCAGCACCACCAAGCCUGACUCAGCUCUGACCCUCUGACCCUACAACCUUGACUUCUCCCCUGAUCUCAGCUGACCUUCGACCCCUGAGCCCCACUUUGGCCCACAUUUAACUCCAUGAACCCUGUUUCUCCGUGACCUCUCCUUCACCUAUGACCUUACCCACCACCCCAAUGCACUCCCAGGCAAAUAAACCCCAGUCUACUUUCGACCCCCUCUCCCUCUGAGCCUCCCUUCACCUCUGACCUUGCCUCACCUUUGACCCCACCACCCUCUGACCCCACCUGCUCUCUGGCUUCUGUAGGCCCCUGUUUUAUCCCUGAACUCACUCCCCUCAACUCCAACUGACCUUGGCUUUCCAGGGCUGGUGGAGGGCAGCUGUGUGGGGAGAAGCAGCCCUGGAACGUGUGGACAAGAGAGGCUGUGCCCCCAUCCCGCCCCACCUCCUCCCUCUGGCUUACCCUCAAUAAAUAAAUUGUUGUCUUGCCAUGUU